AGUUUAAAUAUUACAUAACCGUUUUGCACAGCAUCGAAUUCAUUGUGUUAUUUUGAUCGUAAUCACGCGUCAUAAAUCCUCGAAACUUAUUACGUUUGACGGAUUUUCGUCCUCAACGGGUUAGUCAUCACAAUCGUUCACGCGUUAGGGAUCUAUUCCUUAAUUUCGUCAUGCCGACCGUUGCCGAAGAGUCCAUUGACGCCUUCCAGAAUUACUAUGCCCGUCCACCAGAGAGGCCAAAGAAGAAGUCCCUUAAACAAAUGAUCUACGAUGAUGAGACUCAGCAAUAUUUUGGUAGAACUGUUGAAAGUUGGGCAAAAAUUGGCGUAUUUUACACAGCAUUUUAUGGAGUCUUAGCGGCGCUGGUAGCCAUUUGUAUGUGGGCAUUUUUCCAAACAUUGGAUCCACGUAUACCAAAAUGGACACUCGAUGGAUCGUUGAUAGGAACAAAUCCAGGUCUCGGCUUCCGACCCCUACCCGAAUCGGAAAAUGUGGAAAGCACCUUGAUUUGGUACAAGGGUACCCAUCAUGAAAACUACAAACAAUGGACAGAUUCAUUAGAUGAAUUCUUGGCUGUUUACAAAGUACCUGGUUUAACACCCGGCCGCGGUCAAAAUAUCUACAAUUGUGAUUACAAUCAACCCCCACCAAAGGGUCAAGUGUGCGAUGUCGAUAUCAAGGCCUGGUCUCCCUGUACCAAGGAAAACAACUACAGCUAUCACAAGAGCUCACCAUGUGUAUUCUUGAAAUUGAAUAAAAUCUAUGGUUGGAUACCCGAAUUCUAUAACAGCUCAGCUGAUUUACCCGAAAAAAUGCCAAAAAGUUUAAAAACUUAUAUUGCCGAAAUUGAAAAGACACAGGCCCAUAAGAUGAACACUGUUUGGGUAUCCUGUGAGGGUGAAAAUCCUGCCGAUCAAGAAAAUAUUGGUCCAGUCGAUUAUUUGCCCAUUCGUGGUUUCCCCGGAUAUUUCUAUCCCUAUCAAAAUUCUGAGGGUUAUUUAAGUCCUUUGGUUGCUGUACAUUUCCAAAGACCAAAUCGUGGUAUUAUCAUCAAUAUCGAAUGCAAAGCCUGGGCCAGAAACAUCUUCCAUGAUCGCAAGGAGAGAUUAGGCUCUGUGCACUUUGAACUUUUAAUAGAUUAAAAACAAAAAACAAGAAACGUAUUUUUCGUCAACA